AUGGGGACCUUCAACUUGUGGACCGAUUACCUAGGGCUGGCGCGCCUGGUAGGGGCGCUGCGCGAUGAGGAGGGGGACCCCGGGGCCACCCUGGAACCCCAGCCGCAGGCGUCCACGCCCACGCCCAGGCCCGCAGCCCAGGAGGUGGAGGAGGAGGACGCUGAGCAGGCCGCCGCUGCCCUCAUGGACACCCCGGAACCCCCCGAGCCCCUGCCAGGGGCCCCCGAACGCCUCUGCUCCUUCUGUAAGCACAACGGCGAGUCGCGGGCCAUCUACCAGUCGCACAUGCUCAAGGACGAGGAGGGCCGCGUGCUGUGCCCCAUCCUGCGUGACUACGUGUGCCCGCAGUGCGGUGCCACGCGGGAGCGCGCCCACACCCGCCGCUUCUGCCCACUCACCGGCCAGGGCUACACCUCCGUGUACAGCUACACCACGCGCAACUCGGCCGGCAGGAAGCUCUUCCGGCCCGACAAGGCCAAGACGCAGGAUGGCGGCGGCCAUCACCAUCACCGCCACCGCCGGGGCGGCGGGGGAGCGGCUGCAGGCUCCAGGGGUGCCAGCAAGCAGGGACCUUCGGCCUAG